AUGGCUCGUCGCUGCCCGCCAACCCGAAGGACACUAAGAAUCCUUGCAUUCCUCACACUUCUUCUGCUCUUCUCACUACAUUCCUUUGAACUUUUGCCCUCCCCGACGCGCCGGUAUGAUACCCGGCCGUGGAUCCCAUGUCCGGCUGGCUCGUCAUCCUUUCACGCAUCCUGCAACGUCCCUCGGACGGCAGUUGCCCCUUCCGUCCAGGUGAUCGUCAAGACCGGUGGUUCGGAGCCGCUCGAACGACUUCGCGCUCAGCUCGCCACUCUACUCUCUGAAGUCCCGUCCGAGAACCUCCUCAUCUUCUCCGACCUGGAAGGGGAUGUCGAUGGGUACCGCGUCCAUGAUAUAUACGCGAACAUCUCCCAGCUGGAACGCAGCCACUACCCUGAAUUCAAGCUGUACGACGAACAGCUCGCGUACAAGACCCAAGGGAGAGAUACCCGCGAGCUGGACGGCGGGUGGCGCUUGGACAAGUACAAGAACCUGCCGAUCAAGCGGAGGAUAUGGCAGAUGCAGCAGCAGCAGCAAGCGCGCACCCACCACCACCCGCUGAUGAAAUGGUUCGUCUUCAUCGACACGGACACCUUCGUCGAGUGGGACAACCUGUUCGGCCUCCUGGAGACGAUGGACCCGUCCGAAGAGCUGUACCUGGGCAGUCCCGUCUGGAUCCAGCAAACGGUGCCGCCGCGUCUCCGGUACGAGUUUGCGCACGGCGGAAGCGCCUACGUCCUCUCCUACGGCGCGCUGCGAACGCUCAAUACGGUCGAGCCGUCGUCGUCGUCGGAUCUGUCGCCUGGGUGGCUGGAUCCGUCGAGUCCGAUGUACAGUCAGUUCGGGCUGGACAUGAGCGGUAUCUGCUGCGGUGACGAUGCCGUCGCGAGGGCGCUGCGGGAUCGAGGCGUCCGGAUGAAGGGGUACUGGCCGCUCUUCAAUGGCGAGAUACCCGCGACGAUAGCCUACGGGAAGGACCUGUGGUGUGAACCGGUGAUCUCCCUGCACCACAUCGGCGAGCAGAAUCUCUCUUCGUUGUGGCACUGGGUUGCGGAGUGGAAGCGCCGGACCAGGAAUCAGCAGCCCCUCCUCUUCAGCGACCUCUUCGACUACAUCGCAGCCGACUUCUCCUCCUCUUCCCCCUCCUCCCGCCGCCGUGACAACUGGCACAACAUGAUCGAUACCCCAGACCGCACCCACCACCACCACGCCGGAUCCUCCUUCUCGGCCUGCCGCGCCGCCUGCGACGCCGACCGGCGCUGCUUCCAGUUCCUCUCCCACGGCACGAGAUGCGACAUCUCGUACUCCAUCCGCCUCGGCCAAGCGCGUCCUCCGGCAGACCACAAUGCCUCGGGUGACGAGGAGCGGUACAUUUCCGGCUGGAAUACGGACCGGAUCAGAGAAUGGACGGCUAGAAAUCACUGUCGCGCAGCGCACUGGGUACAUUCCAAUCCCUAG